AUGGCCGAGGGCGGGCCGGUACUCCUUAUAGUGGCAGCUGACACUUUCUGCUCUAGAACUGCUGGCCUGGGGAAGACCCUGGGUGUGGGCGAAAGCCUGUGCGCAUGUGCAGCAGGAGGGGUGUGGCUGGUGGUCGGCGGGACUGAAAAAGUGUGUGGCUCUAAAAAGAAAGUCCCCCACCUCGGGGCUCCGCCCCCUGAAGGCCCCCCCGUGUGGCCCCAGCAGAGAGCCCGAAGCCAGAGGGAAUGGCCCCCGGGACCCCGAGGCCCCCCUCCCAGGUCAAUAACAUUCAAGGAUGUGGCUGUGGACUUCACCCAGGAAGAGUGGUACCUAUUGGACCAUUCUCAGAAAGAGCUAUACCUGGAGGUCAUGCUGGAGAAUGGCUUCCAGUUCCUAGAGAAAAUUUUAUCUCCUAUUUUCAGCAAGGGAAAGCACCAUGGCUGCUACAGCAAAAAGAUCCAAGGAGCUCCUGUCCAGAGAAUUCACACUGGAGAUAAACCUUAUCAAUGUGAACAGUGUGGAAAGGCUUUCACAGAGAGGGGCCAUCUUGUUGUACAUCAAAGAAUUCACACUGGAGUGAAACCUUAUGAAUGUAAACACUGUGGAAAGACUUUCACACAGAGUGGCUCUCUUGCUAAACACCAGAGAAUUCACACUGGAGAGAAACCUUAUGAAUGUAAACAAUGUGGAAAGGCUUUUACACAGAGGGGCUCUCUUGCUGCACAUCAAACUGUCCACACUGGAGAGAAACCCUAUGAAUGUAAACACUGUGGAAUGGCUUUCACACGGAGGGGCUCUCUUGUUGCGCAUCAGAGCAUCCACACUGGAGAGAAACCUUAUGAAUGUAAACAGUGUGGAAAAGCUUUCACACAGAGGGGCUCUUUUGCUGUACAUCAGAGCAUCCACACUGGAGAGAAACCUUAUGAAUGUAAACAGUGUGGAAAAGCUUUUACACAGAGGGGCUCUCUCGUUACACAUCAGAGCAUCCACACUGGAGAGAAACCUUAUAAAUGUAAAUACUGUGGAAAGACUUUUAAAGAGAGGUGCCAUGUUAUUGCACAUCAGAGAAUUCAUACUGGAGAGAAACCUUAUGAAUGUAAACAGUGUGGAAAGGCUUUUACACAGAGGGGCUCUCUUGCUGCACAUCAGAGCAUCCACACUGGAGAGAAACCUCAUGAAUGUAAACAGUGUGGAAAGGCUUUUACACAGAGGGGACAUCUUGCCAGACAUCAGACAGUCCACACUGGAGAGAAACCUUAUGAAUGUAAACAGUGUGGAAAGGCUUUCACACUGAGGAGCAAUCUUGGCAGACAUCAGACAGUCCACAGUGGAGAGAAACCUUAUAAAUGUAACCAAUGUGGAAAGGCUUUUACAUGGAAGGAAUCUCUUGCUAAACAUGAGAGAAACCACACUGGAGAGAAACCUUAUUGUAUAGGAUAA